AUGUCACUGCCAUCACAGUGCCUCGCAGGAAUCAAAGCAUGCCAGGGACUUGCCCUGAACACCACUACGCAGUCACCUAGACAGACAGUGAGGCCAUCACCAAGCUACAGAUGUGGCCUGUGUGCUGGCACAGCUGGCAGAGGCCUGGCUGGCCGAGUUCCCUUGGGCCUCCUUACACAUCCUCAGUUCUUAAGACACAAAAGGACCAGAGCAAGCACGGCCAACCCGAACACACACCCUUCCUGGCGACAGGUCCGGAAGACGGCCUGGGGUCGGCCCCUAUGGCUCACAGAGCCGGUGGCAGAAGGGAGGUCACUGCUUCUGGCCGGAGCCUGCAGCCCGAGCCCUAAGCAUGGACGAGUGGCCAGGCUCCCUGCCGUCAGCCGUGCUGCCUGCCCCAGGCCCUGCCCACAGCGUACAGCCUCCCUGAAAACCCCCGGGCCCCGAGAACCCGAAAGAAAGAGGACCGUCUUUUGA